AUGAUAUUCUCCCUCCUUUCAGCCUUGGUGCUAGCGGCCUCUGUGGCCCUAGCCCAGGAUACCUCGUUCACGAAUCCUGUUCUGUGGCAGGAUCUUGCCGAUUUGGAGGUCAUUCGCGUCAACGACACAUACUACUACACGGCUUCGACGAUGCACUAUUCUCCAGGGGCACCUGUGCUCAAGAGUUACAACCUUGUUGACUGGGAGUAUGUGGGACACUCGGUACCUGAGCUCAUCUUUGGAGAAGAGUACUACCUGAAUGGCAGCACCAGUGCCUAUGUAGGCGGCAUUUGGGCUUCUUCCUUGAAGUACCGGGAAAGCAAUGGCCUGUUCUACUGGUACGGUUGUAUUCAGUCUGGCGGAAUGAAGACCUGGAUUUUUACCGCUAGUGAUCCAGCGGGACCCUGGAUUGCUCAACCCCCCAUCGAAGAAUGCUUCUACGACUUGGGGGUCCUUGUUGAUGACGAUGAUACUAUGUAUGUCGCGUACGGAAGAUACAACAUCAGCGUCGCUCAACUCUCACCCGAUGGGCUGCAGCCGGUCAGGAACGAGGUUGUGUGGGUCGACCCAGUACGAUAUCUGGAAGGAGCAAGAUUCUAUCACAUUGGUUCCAGCUAUUACAUCUGGUUGACCAAGCCCGCGGAUGGUCAGCAUGUGUUGAAAGCAGAUAACCCGUGGGGUCCGUACACCAAUCGUACGGUUCUCGACAGGAUGGCAUCCCCAAUUCCGAACUCCGGAACACCUCAUCAGGGAGGCAUUGUGGAUACCCCUGAUGGUGACUGGUGGUAUAUGUCAUUCUUGGACGCGUAUCCAAGUGGCCGCAUCCCGGUUCUGGCACCGCUUACAUGGGACGAAGAAGGCUGGCCUCAAAUUGUUACGGAUGAGGCCGGAGGCUGGGGCAAGACGUAUCCGAUGCCUAUUGAGACGGAGAAGAAGGUGAAGGCAGCUGGAGCGUACACCGACAACUUCGAUAGCCCUGUUCUCUCAGCCGAAUGGGCUUUCAACCACAACCCGGACAACUCUGCCUGGGAGCUCGGCCCUGACGGUCUGACACUGCAUACGGCAACUAUCACAAACGAUUUAUACAGAGCAAGAAAUACUCUUGCCCACAGAAUCCAAGGACCAAAGAGCAGCGGCACAUUCCGACUGAAUCUUGGCAAUAUGGCUGAUGGCGACGUAUCAGGCGUCUCAAUCUUCCGCGACGAGUCCGCUUACAUUGGGUUCCGCAAGGAGGGCGGCACUCUGAAGCUUGUCGCGGUUCAUAAUCUUAUUUUGUCCGAGAGCUCUGGGUGGCAGACGACCUCCAAUGGCACGACCGUAGCCACGGCCACUGAGUCUGAAGUCGACCUGUCGGAGGUUGCCGAUGGUUCUGUGGACAUCUACCUUCGCAUAGUCGCAGACGUCCACCCGACCUUUGGGGUUGAGGCAGAUAACCCGAGCCAGCUGCUGUACAGCCUCGACGGAGAGAACUUCACCCAGCUUGGACCGGACUACCCCCUCCACAACAGGUGGCAGUUCUUCCUAGCGUUCCGUUUCGCAGUGUUCAAUUAUGCUACGAAGUCUCUUGGGGGUUCAGUCGUGGUAAAGGAGUUCACUCUCGAUUCUGUAAAUUAG